AUGAAAAAAAAUAAAGAUGCAUAGCAUGGUUCAAUCUUACCAUUUUUUGCUUGUCUUUGCAAAAAAAAAGAAUAUAAAACUCUUUCAUCACUCUCUAACCACAUUAAAAAUGAACAUGAAGAUAUGCAGACUGAAUUUAGAGAGUCAAGGGGAGUUCCAUUAGGUAGAGUUAAAAAGAUAAAUAAAUACUAAAAGAUUUUACUUUAAAAAUUGUUCGAAGAAUAAUAUAAUGACAAUCUAAAAUAUUCUAAUUAAGAGAUCAGAGAUAUUUUUAAGGAAAAUGUAGGCUUAGUUUCUGAAAUAGUUCAAAAACACUAAGCAUAACAGUUUGAAGAUUAGCUUUUAAGAGAGAAUAUAAAAUUGCAGCCAUUCUGGAUAAAGAUAAAGAGAAACAAGGUAAAUAUGGUUAUGAAAAAAUAUUAUUUGGCUUUUUUAAUUUCGACUUGCAAUAAGAACAUAGUCCUUCAAUAAGAAUAUAAAAAAGAUGAAGUAUUUCAAAAUUUAGUUAAUUCAUUUUAAGAUGAUAAUAUAGGCAAAAAUAAUUAUCAUCAAUCAUUAUUAAGUGGCGUAAAGUUGGAACAGAUAAAGGAAGAGAACUAAUGA